GAGCGGUCACGGCAUCCUCGCAGCAGCAGCAGCGGCAGAGGCAGCAUCCUUCUCUUCAAGAUUGCCGGAGCACCGCGAUUUGUGCGUCCGCCGUUUCUGAUACAAGCUAAAGCGAGCCGAGCCGGAAGCUCGGCAGCGUCUUGGCUGUCUUUACUGGGAUUUAUUUUGGAUUUAUCGUCGACGUCCUAGGAAAAUAAGAAGAAAACACAGACCGAGAGAGUAAAACUGAGUAGCUGAGACCACUGGUCAACACAGGUGAUACUUUCCGGCUGUCAAAUCCGCCGAGUCCCCGCAGACACGUCCGGGUUAUUUCGGGGUUAUUUUGCAGUUUAAAGGCCUCGAUAAAAAGAGACAUUGGUCCUGUGGCACGCUGGACUGUCAGCAGAGAAAUUCAUUUCUUGCGGGGACCAACCCGAGCUCGGCUGCUCGGAUGGAGAAUCCUACUAAACCGAGCUGUUUGUGGUGGGUAUUGCAGUAGAGGCAGCUUUAUUUUUGGGAUUCAGUCUCCACUCUGUCAUCGUCUCCAGCCAUGAAGUCCCACCUGCCGGCCCGGUUGGACUGAACGAGCUGGCGGAAGGUUUAAGGAGAAGGACGAAAUCUGAAGAAGGGAACAGCAGUGGGAAUCUGGCGCCCUACCAGCACCCGUGGAUCCCACAUUAACAGAAUUCAUCAUCAAUCCAAUUAUCUGGAUAAUUGAGGACGAAUAGGUAUGGAACGCAACAGAGCCAUGGCUUGGGAAGUGUUUCGGAUCACCAUUGCUCAGAAUUACCACUGACCUGGCAGCCACUCCAAGGUCCAAACCCCUUUAUCCGGCACCCAGAGCCCAAAGGACCCUUCUCUCCCAAGCAGCUGCCUUGUCCUCCACUUCACCUUCAGUCAGCGCUCUUAGUCUUGGUCGAGUUUCUAAAAAAGGCUCCUUUUUGGUCAUUAAGGGUUUUUUUACCUUCCAGAUUGUUGGAUAUAAUCCACUUUUGCUCAUAAAGAGAGACGUUUUCCCAAACUGACUAAAAGCAGGUGGCUGAACAGUAUGAACUCAGUCAUGAACCCCCUUCCAUUCUUUAUAAAUAAACAGAGUCGGCGGAGUUUGUCGUCCAGGACAAGCCACCUCAGCCUCAUGACAGACUGGUGCCUCAUGAGCGUCCUAGGCCUCAUUCUGUUCUUCAGUCUAGCCUCGAGCCAGAAGAUGGAUCCUUCUAAACACCCUAUCGUGACCACUAACUAUGGGAAGCUCAGAGGCAUCAAGAAGGACUUGAACAAUGAGAUUCUUGGCCCUGUGGAGCAGUACCUGGGUGUGCCCUAUGCCACGGCGCCCAUCGGCGAUCGCCGCUUUCAGCCACCUGAGGCCCCGGGAUCCUGGCAGGAGAUCCGCAAUGCCACCCUCUUUGCCCCUGUGUGCCCUCAAAAUGUUCACGGUGUGCUGCCGGAGAUAAUGCUGCCCGUGUGGUUCACAGACAACCUGGACGUGGCGGCCGGUUACAUCCAGAACCAGAGCGAGGACUGCCUCUACCUCAAUGUCUACGUGCCCACGGAGGAUGGUCCGCUCACAAAAAAACACGAUGAAUCUUCAAUGAACAAGCCUCGAGACGAAGAUAUCCGUGACCGCAGGAAGAAGCCGGUGAUGCUGUUUAUUCACGGCGGCUCCUACAUGGAAGGCACAGGAAACAUGUUUGAUGCCAGCGUCCUCGCCGCCUACGGCAACGUGAUCGUGGUAACCAUGAACUACAGGCUCGGCGUGCUCGGCUUCCUGAGCACCGGAGAUCAGUCUGCUAAGGGGAACUAUGGCCUGCUGGACCAGAUCCAGGCUCUGCGUUGGCUCAACGAGAACAUAGGCCACUUUGGCGGAGACCCGGAGAGGAUCACCAUCUUCGGCUCUGGAGCUGGGGCCUCCUGUGUCAACCUCCUCAUCCUCUCGCAUCACUCUGAGGGUCUGUUCCACAGGGCCAUAGCGCAGAGUGGCACAGCCAUCUCCAGCUGGUCCGUUAACUACCAACCCCUCAAGUACACCAAGAUCCUGGCACGGAAGGUGGGUUGCACCUACGCAGAGACGGCUGACCUCGUUGACUGCCUGAGGCGCAAGAACUUCAGAGAGCUGGUGGACCAAGACAUCCAGCCGGCCCGCUAUCACAUCGCCUUUGGGCCUGUUGUGGACGGAGACGUAGUUCCUGAUGAUCCAGAGAUUCUCAUGCAGCAGGGGGAGUUCCUAAACUAUGACAUCCUGAUAGGAGUGAACCAGGGAGAGGGGCUGAAGUUUGUGGACGACAGUGAGGACAACGACGGCAUCUCAGCUGCGGCCUUCGACUACACCAUCUCCAACUUUGUUGACAACCUCUACGGAUACCCAGAGGGCAAAGACAUCCUGAGGGAGACCAUUAAGUUCAUGUACACAGACUGGGCGGACAGGGACAACGGCGACAUGCGGCGGAAGACUCUGUUGGCCCUGUUUACGGACCACCAGUGGGUGGCACCAGCUGUGGCCACUGCCAAACUCCAUGCUGAGUUUCAGUCCCCAGUUUACUUUUACACGUUCUACCACCACUGCCAGACCGAGACGCGGCCCGAGUGGGCCGACGCCGCGCACGGAGACGAGAUACCUUACGUGUUCGGCGUACCGAUGAUCGGUGCCACGGACCUGUUCCCGUGCAACUUCUCCAAGAACGAUGUGAUGCUGAGCGCUGUGGUCAUGACUUACUGGACUAACUUCGCAAAGACUGGGGACCCCAACCUGCCCGUCCCUCAGGACACCAAGUUCAUUCAUACCAAGCCCAACCGCUUCGAGGAGGUCAUCUGGACCAAGUUCAACUCGAAGGACAAGCAGUACCUUCACAUCGGUUUGAAACCUCGUGUCAGAGACAACUACAGAGCUAACAAAGUGGCCUUUUGGCUGGAAUUAGUCCCUCAUCUUCACAGCCUGCACGACGUGCUCUUUCCCACCACUACGCGCUCCCCUGCAGGCCGUGACCCCGGCACCAUGAGGCCCAGAAACAACGUUCCUCGAACCACUCGUCAUCCUUACCCUACCUUCCCGUCAGAUCCUGAGCCCGAGGGCUCAGAGCGCCCGCCCCAGGACCUCUUUCCCGGAGACACCCGCGACUACUCCACCGAACUGAGCGUGACAGUUGCGGUUGGAGCGUCGCUCCUCUUCCUCAACAUCCUGGCCUUCGCCGCCCUUUACUACAAGCGGGACAAGCGGCACGAGAUGCGCCGGCACCGGCUGUCCCCUCAGCGGGGCGGCCCCGCCAACGACCUGGCUCACAGCCAGGAGGAGGAGAUCAUGUCCCUGCAGAUGAAGCACUCGGAGCACGACGCUCACCACGACAUGGAGCCCCUGCGGCCCCACGACAUCCUGCGGCCCGCCUGCCCUCCCGACUACACCCUGGCGCUGCGCCGCGCCCCUGACGACGUGCCGCUGAUGACGCCAAACACCAUCACCAUGAUCCCCAGCACCAUCACCAGCAUGCAGCCUCUUCACGCCUUCAACACAUUCCCCUCCACCGGCCACAACAACACCCUGCCCCACCCCCACUCCACCACCAGGGUAUAGUAGGGACAGGCCCGACACAGCGCCACCUAGGGACCAGGAACACUGGCUCUGCUACCGCUCUGGAAGGGAGGCCUCUAGACGUGGGCCUUCGUUCUGUCCUCUUAUUCUCUUCUUUCUCCAAAAGCAACUACACCUGCUGCGUCAUGUGCUGUAAAACUUGGCAGCUCCCUCCACUGGUGGCAUGUGGAGGUGCAACUGAAGUGUACAGCAGCAGAUGAGCAGUUUGGGAUGGGGGUGGGGUGGGUGACUCAGAUCUUUCAAAGAUACUGUUUUCAAAGACGGUCUGCUGUUUCCAGGCUCAAGACCUCCAACAUUUGUCAAAGGGACGAAUGCUCUCUCGCUCCUCGCUGUUUUCUCUUUUUACGUUGGCGUCAUCUCUUUUUCCAUCUCCUGUGUGUUAUGUGCACAUUAUGCUUCUCUUUUCUACAUCCGUGUUUUAUUACUGCUCUCUUCCUCUCAUGUGACACGCCUCCCUCCUGCUCUUCUCUAAAAAUUCCCGAUCUGCUGAGCAGUUUGGAGGGGGGAGGCGUACACUAAACAUAUAACUAUGAAAACACUGAUAUCUUUCAUUCUACCAGCAUUUUUAGGUGCCAAGUAAGUACUGCUGUGUUUGCUUUCUCAUCGAGGGAGAAGAAAAACGAAAGAAAAAUAGAGUAUCGCUAUUUACCGUCAACUAACAGAGUUCUGUCAUGUUCUCAUGACAAAGUGCCAAACUGGCCUCAGUCGUGAUUUUCCUUCUUUCAUCUUCUCUUUUUUUGUUGUUUUGUUUGAAGCAUUUGUUUCAUUGUUGUUUUUUAUUGUGUGGAAAGAAUUUUUCUGAAAAUAUAGAUAUAGAGAAAUGAUAUUAUAUAUAGUUCUAUAUAAAAUGUGUACAAAGGAGAAAGUAUAUAAAAGGGUUUUCUCAGUGGGGGAUCUAUGCAUGAAUUAUUUUUAAAGACGCGGGGAAAAGGACACUGUACCUGUCGAUGCACGUUUCCCAAAAUCUAAACGAGUCAUAUCGCUCCAUGUUUGCUACUUUUGGUUUUUGGUUUUCUCCCGCAGAGUAAGAGCAUCGCAGGAGCUCCUGAAGUCAAACGACGCCUCCCAGCACUCAUUUAUUAAAACGGAGUCGAUGCCAAAAGUCUUAAACGUUAGAAUCAAAGCAACAGCUGUGAACUCAGUCAUGGUGUCAUGUGCAGCCCUUCAUCUUACUGUCACUACUUUUUCUUUUUAGGGUACGUGAGGUAAAGCGUCCGUCGAUCUAGCUUGAUUGUACAAAAUUAUUUUUCUACGUUAUUAACAAAACAGAGCAGAGACUGAUGCUGCUCCUGUCUGACCCCUUAUUUCUGGCACAUGUGUAUUCUGACUGACGUGUGUGUGUGUGUGUGUGUGUGUGUGUGUGUGUGUGUGUGUGUGUGUGUGUGUGUGUGUAAGAGCGGCUGUCACUGUGUGAGUGUGAUAUCACCUCUGCAUCACUCAAGCGUAGGCGGGCCCGCGUCACAACAAUAAACAAAAAAAGCAGAAAAAGGCCAACAGUAAAAACUCAGACUCCAGCAUGAGCUCCUUCCUGCUGCUUAACCAAUCACCUUCCUCCAUAUCAUCACUGCUCCCUCCCUCCUCCUCUCUCCAUCCUCCACCACCUUUGUUAUUUAACACCGACCCCCUCCACCCCCAAACUGAUAAUCAGGAAAUCUCCCAAACACCUGACUUCACUGUGUCGACACCGUUCCUCACUAUUUCUGACCUCAGUUCAGCUCUGCUACUAUCCUCACAUUAAGGGUUCAUUCACCUGCCUGCAGAUGAUCUGUGAGCUCGUCGGUUGUAAAUUAAACUCUAAGCACACUGAGGGUAACCGGGAGGCGUUCAGGGCCUGCAGUGCAGAGCUGCAACAUGAAAAAAAGGGAUGGGGGCUCAGAUCUCCUGAACAGGGUAGAAACAACACGGUUGGUUUGUGCUGUUUGUGAUUCCUGCUCCGUCACUCUGGUGGAGACGACUGCAGCUCAGCAGCGCUCCCUGCUGAUCCUCUGAUGAAGAUGUCAACAGUAUGUAAACUGAGCUGAUGUGCUGCUGUUUGAGCCCACAUGGUAGCGUACGUCCAGUAUGGGAGAACUUAGUCACCGGUGCUGUCUUUGCUUGUGCUCUAGCUUUAGCCUGUUUGAUUGUUUGUUUUCUAUUUUAUUACUGCCUAAAAGGGGAGGUGGGGGAACACAUGCCUGACUUCUCCUGUCAGAGGUUUUGUAAGCUCACUGGAAGGGAAACGUGCACAAUGUAAAUCAUAAAACAACUGACUGGGGCUGUGCUGCAGGUGGAUUAGUGCUGUGGACAGUAGCUGUGGAAAAGAGACUGGACAAAGACUCUCAGCCUUAAAUACAGGACAGAGGAUGAUCCCAUCAUCUUUCAGCUAACAGUGUCGAGCAGAAGGACGGCCAGCUGAUGCGUCCAUACGAACCCUUUUGUACUCACUCCUGUGUAUAAGGAGGCGGCGAGGGGUUGUGUAGUUAACCUCAGCACCACACAGCUACAGCAGAGGAGAGAACACAAACGAGUCCUUUCAUUCGGCUCUGUUCUUUCUCCUUGUCUGUUUUAUAAGCUAACACUAGAGGGCGCCAUUGUGGCACAUUCAGCGCUCACUCUGAGGUCACUGGACAGAGAAGAAAAUACCAACCUGGGAGACGGAUGGAGACGAAACAUCUGGAAGAAGAUCAGAACUGUACAUUUUUAAGUGUAAGAAAAAAAACAGACAAAAUAUUUGUAAAUAUUAAGUUUCUUGUUUAUUUUAUGUUUUGUUUUUUGUUUUUUUGGAGUGAAUGAAUGAUAUGCUUAUUUUGUGAUGACAAAAGACAACAGGUGCAGUUUGUAAUGAGAAGAAAAAAAUGGCCGUUAGCUUGAGGUUUCAAAUGAGUUCAUCCUUACCACCGAUCAGUUUUGUCUUUGUUUUUUCUACAUUUAUUUUAGUUUUGUCAUAACGUUGAUCGUUAUCAUGUGACCAUCCUGUAGCAGGAAGGUCGCUGUAGCAGAAGUCAUCUCCACUGAAGCCCCCUCACAGCAGAGGGCCAGUCAUGCUGUUUAUUAGGAUUUGCUAGUGAGAAAAAACAUUUUCAUCAAGUUUUAAAUCCUUUCGUUGCUCUUUUCUCUGCUAUUAUCAUAAAAUCGUCGUCCUCUUUUCAAGCCUUAGCUCGCUUUUAUUUUGAAAUAUGAGUCUUGUGAUCAGAGAUGAAUCUGUGCUGCAUGAUGUGCGUAACAUCAGAGCGAUAAAAGCCAGCUUUGCCUUUCAGUGAUUCGCAGUAAGGACAUAAAUGACCUAAACUGAGACUGAAAAAAAGUGCAGUCAGUUAAAUGUUAGCUCACCUAACAUGUAGCAGUGUUUACAUGUAGCCAUGUUUGACAGACUCCAGGGCUUUGAUACCAUAAGAUGCCUCAUAUCCUCACAGACUCAUGAGAUCACACAGGUGGUCUGACCUGCUCGUGUCACACUGUGCUGUCUGUCUGUCCGUUGUUUUUCUCGUGCAGUGAUGUUAUGUAGCAGAAAAACAGUUGGAUGCUCCAAAAGUGCAGAGCGAUGUGUGACGUGUGGAGAACAUCAAAGUCUGUGUGUGUUCAACAGCUGUUAGAGCCACACUUUGUCCUUUCUGUGGUUUAACUGCUGGAUUUAUUUUAUUUCAAUACGCAAAAACUGUCAGCAAGGCAAAACUUCAUGAUUGGAUGAUCCCGUGUCACGUCCACAGUGUCAAACAUGCACAGAGACAGUGACACCCACAGAGAAACCCUCAGCUUGGUGUCCAUUGCAAAUCUGCACCUGUUGUCUUGUUUCUACUUUCUUUGUUGAACUCAGAAACUCGAGACUUGAGAUGAAGAAAAAUGUUAAAUAAUGGAAUAAAAAAAGAUGAUUAUUAAAAAAAAGUAAAGUAAAAUUAUAUAAAUAAAUGAGGUGAUGAUAUUUCUGUUUACUUUAGAAGUUAUUAUACACUGUAUGCUGUGAUUCUGAUCUGGGAAACAUUAAAGACAUUCAU